GCGGAGAGCGUGCGCAAAGAUGGCGGCCCUGCCGUUGCUCCCUGGCCGCGUCCUAGGGGCCCGGAUGUGUGCCAGACCGCAGCCUGCCUCCGGGCCAAGCACGUGGGCCUUUUUCACCCCCAAAGUGGAGGUGCGCUUCUCGCUGAGGUCUGUGCAGCGCCUAGCGGGCCGGCCUGCUGAAAACGCUCUCUCCCCAGUGUGGGACCCAGGAACGCAACCCCUCCCGCCACCAGAGCCGGCUGUGCGUACAAGCUCCCUACGCGGGCACGUUGGGGCCUCUGGAGCCGGGCAGGAGGAGGGCGCGAAGGUGGCGCCCACCCGGGAGCGCGAAGAGGCAGCUCCGAGACAGCGGCCGCCAGUCGUCUGUGGAGGAUUCCUCAGCCUCCACAUGUCCUUCGGCGCCGAUGCUGGUCCUCCGGCCGCAGCUGCGGGACGUGCAGAGGAGCCUCCCCCGCCCCGUCGCAGACCCCGGGCCCCUCCGACGCUGCCUCCCCGCUGCACCCUGGGGCUGGUCUGUAAUUCAGCAUAUUUCAAGCAUGCAGAUCAGUACAGAAAAUAGUAGUGAGUACCUACCUGCUUCCUGAAAAUUUUCCCAAAACUGUUUCAGUUAUUUUGAGAGAAUAAAAACA